AAUAUAUUGAUGUAGAUGGAGGAGGGGGAGGGAGACUAAGUGUGAAAGUUGGCCACCUCUAUUAAAUAGUAGAGGUACAUGUGAGGUUGAACAUCUUUUUCCUCUUUUUGCAAUUUCAGUAGCUGGAAGGACAUGAAGAUAGAACACCAUGGCCCUACUGCUAUUUCUUUUCUUUCUUAAAAGCUUGUACUAGUAAUAAAGCAAAAGCAAGAAAGUUAGCCCAAAGGAUUAGAAAAAGCAAGCUGUGCACAGCAGCAAAGGUGUUAUUAGAAAAGCAAGAAGCUCCCCGGGACCUCCUUCUAAAGGGCUUAAAAAAACAUUCCCAAUUGGAACCAAGAGGUUGAUGAUGAUGAUGAUCAGUAGCCAAGAAAAUACCAGCAAUAAGUCUACUGGCAUCUCAGAUGAUCACAUUAUCCCUACUUCUAUAUGUCCAACCUGGAAACUCUACGAGAACCCCUUCUAUAAUUCGCAAAAUCAACAACACAACCCCCCCACUCUUCAAGAAGAAACCAGCCACGCUGCUCUCCGAAUUCACCACAACAAUAAGCAAAUUCAUCGCCUCAAUCUCCCGAUAUCUGCUAGAAAAAUUGCAGCAUCCUUUUGGGAUCUCACCUUUAUAAGGCCCUUUAUGGACUCUGAGCUCGAAAUGGCUCGAGCCCAAGUUGCUGAAUUGAAGGCCAAGGUAGAACACGAGCGCAAGGCGCGUAAGAAGUUGGAGUCGAUGAACAAGAAGAUUGCAAGAGAGCUCUCUGAAGAGAAAAAAGGGAGAGAGGCGUUGGAGCGAGUCUGCGAAGAGCUUGCCAAUCACGUAUCAUCGGACAAAGCGGAGAUCAAUCGGUUGAGGAAAGAAAUGGAAGAGGAGAGGAAAAUGCUGCGGGUGGCUGAGGUUAUGAGGGAAGAAAGAGUUCAAAUGAAGCUCACAGAGGCUAAAUAUUUAUUGGAAGACAAGUUGUUGGAAUUGGAAGCAACCAAGAAAAUGUUACAAACUGAGCAACCCAAGAUUCAAGAAAACAUCAGCCAUACCAUUUCAUCAGGUGCAUGUGAUCAGGAAACGGAGACGCGGUGUGAAACUGCUGAUCACAAGUCCAUUAGUGAGGGGAAAACUGCUUCUUUUCAAUACCAAGUGACGAUUCAUAGAAGAAACCAUUCGUCAGAGCCUGAAAAUCCACACAUCAAACGAGGGAUCAAAGGAUUCGUCGAAUUCCCAAAGGUUGUUAGAGCCAUUAGUUCCAAAAGCAGACAUUGGGGUACAAAGUUGGAGUGCCAAAAGGCUCAGCUUAGGAUACUACUGAAACAAAAGUGUCCCAUCCGAUCCAACGGGCUUCUAACAACCUGAUAACCAUAAAGUUUGCAACUUUGGAGUGUUAUUCUGCAUGGUUCAUCCAAAGAUAUUACUGAAACAGAAUACUCCUAUCCAAUCUAAUGGUCUUUUAAGCUAAUACCACAAAAUUUAUAACUUUGGAGUGCCAUUUUUUUCUUUAUCUAAGCCUUGAUUGAAUUUAUGCUAGGCCUGAAGAAUCUAUUUUGUUUUCGUGAUACUGUGAGUUUUCGUGAAUUGUGAUAUUAUAAAUGUAUAAUUCUCUGGAUUAUGAUCUUGCUCACUUGAAAGUUGUAUGAUUAUAUGGUUUCACAGA